AUCGGAAUCUGUUCGUUUAAAACCGCCUCCUCACACGGCGCGCGCUGAGAAACGCAAAUCCUCUCUGCUUUCUCCAUGUUUAAGUCUGCGAGCUACCCGAUGGCGGACCCUGCGCCUAAUAUCAUGCAUGGAAACUGGUUCACCACGGGAUACAGGGAUAACGCUACCACCACGCCCGCGGGGGUGUUUGUGGAGAAGCCAAAGAAGAAGGGCUUUUGCCUGGUUAAAAUGAUGUCCCUUAACCACAAGAAGGAGACGAACAAUCAUCAGCACCACCACAACAACAACAUGCCCUUCAUGAUUCAUUGUCAUAUUGGGAAGGAGAUCAAGCAUAUAUGCAGCAAUUGUAGCCGCGGCAAUGAUGCACAGGAUGCUGAGGAGGUGGAACGACUGUCUGCCAUGCGCUCUGAGUCCCUUGUCCCCGGCACCCACACCCCACCCAUCCGCCGGAGGAGCAAGUUUGCCACCAUCGGGCGCCUCUUCAAACCCUGGAAAUGGAGGAAGAAGAAGAGUGAAAAGUUCAAGCAGACCUCUGCAGCCCUGGAGAGAAAGAUGUCCAUGCGGCAGAGCAGAGACGAGCUGAUCAAGAGGGGAGUGCUGAAGGAGAUCUUCGAGAAAGCCAGCAUCGACUUCCGGCCAUCAAUGGAAGGCAGCGUGUGCCCUCAGGACUCACUGAAGCAGACCGUGAUCCUGCCUCCCAAGAAGUCUGUGGCCUUCACAGGUGACGUUCAGGACACGCCACCUAAGCCCCCGCUGUUCCACAAGCAGCCCCCGGCGCUCCCCCCGAAGCCCUUCUCCCGGCUGCCCAAUCACAACACAGACUCUUGCCACCCCUCGAAGAUGUCCUGUAUGGUGGGCAAGCUCUCUCCUCCUCUACCUCCCAAAAAGGUGAUGAUCUGUGUCCCUCCUGGAGGACUGGACUCUUCCUCCUCGUCCAUGCCCCUCACCACGUUCACCCAGAAAUGCCCCCCGCAGGGCCUGUCCCAACACCACGCCACCAUGGGCUGCCACCCGCACCAGCACCCAUUCUCCGGGCACCCGUACUCGCACCAGCUGCAGUAUGGCACCAUGCCCGCCGGGCUGCACCCACCCAGUCGCAUCAUCGAGGAGCUCAACAAGACGCUGGCGUUCACCAUGCAGCGGCUAGAGAACUCCGGACUGCACGUCGGUCAGUGCGGUCUGCUGGAAAGCCGGCAGGUACCCACCGUGGUCAUCGACUGCGAGGACGACAAGGAAAACAUGCCAAACGAGUCAGACUACGAGGACCUGCCCAGCAUGUACAAAGACGAGGAUGAUGAGGACGACGAUGAAGAAGAUGAUGAUGAGGAAGACGAUGACGACGACACCCUCUUCACAAGUUCCCUGGCACGGAAGGUGCUGAGGAAAGACUCACUGGCCAUCAAGCUGAGUAACCGGCCGUCCAAGAGGGAGCUGGAGGAGAAGAACAUCCUGCCCAUGCAGACGGACGAGGAGCGGCUCGAGUCCAGACAGCAGAUUGGCACCCGUCUUACGCGGAGGUUGAGUCAGAGGCCCACUGCAGAGGAGCUGGAGCAGAGAAAUAUUCUUAAGCCCCGCAAUGAGCUAGAGGAGCUGGAGGAAAAGAGGGAGCUCAAGCGUAGGCUGUCGCGGAAGCUGAGCCAGAGGCCCACGGUGGAGGAGCUGAGGCAGGCCAAGAUCCUCAUCUGCUUCUGCGACUACGUGGAGGUGGCCGACGCCCAGGACUACGACAGACGGGCCGACAAGCCCUGGACACGGCUCACUGCAGCCGAUAAGGCAGCCAUAAGGAAAGAACUCAAUGACUUCAAGAGUAAUGAAAUGGAGGUGCAUGAAUCAAGCCGCCAUCUAACCAGGUUUCACAGACCGUAGAACACCACUGUCUUGGGAGCUGUGCCUAGCGGGGUACUACUCUCCUCUCUCUGAGAACCAUAAGUGCUGGACGGUUCAAGCGGUGCCCGCAUCUACAAAAAGGCCAUGCGUUUUUUUUCAAAUGCCUUUGCAGAUCCCUGAGACUCGGACGGUACUGUCCACCUUUGUCCAUGGAGACUGUUUAUCUUUUUUUUUCCACUUAUGCCAAGACAAGUCAUCCCAGAUAUGGCAUACACACACACACCCACCCCAAACCUGACCCAGCCCAUCACGUUUCCCUGGGCUCUCAGGCAGGAGCCUAGGGGGCUGUGGACUGCAGAGGAACUGGGAUGGGAUCUCAUGUGGACACCUGUUCCCUUUUGCUAUUGAAUGACACAAUGCUGAUGGCUCAUAUUCAACACUUUUUUUUGUUUGUUUGUUUGUUUGUUGUUUUUUGUUUUGUUUAAUUUUGUUUUGUCAUUCAUGUGAUUGUCACACUACCCUCAGGGGUGAACACUGAACCCAUCCACUGAACCCACUUGACCCUUAGACUGUUUGGCUGGGCACGGUCAGUGCAACCAUGUGUCCAGACCCUGUACUAGUUUUUGUUGGAGGUCUGGACAUCAUAGACUCUUGUGCAAUAUACCUAAUUUCAUGUGUAAUAUCAACCUCUGGUGGCCAAUGUAUGCUAUUGCCCAUGUAGUCAUUUGCUCCCCUCUUUCCUACUGACAAUGUGGACAUACUCUGCUAACUGUGAAUUCUUGAGUGCCAACUCUGCACUCGCUUUUACUUGUAUAUUGUGUUUAUAUUAAGGUCUUAAUAAGAUAUUUUAAAUAACUUUCUCUGGCAUUAUUCUGUAUGUCUGUAUACAAAUGGUAUUUGUCAGGGGUCAUUUAACAAAGCAGAAUUGCUCACAGAGUUCUAUUUAAGGACUUGUGGAAUUUUUAUCAUUAUAUUUAAGUUAUUAUUUUUUUAAAGUGGCACUUCUUUUUUCGGCCAGCGGCUGAGGUUUAUGGAGGGCGUCACAGUUAUAUCUGUGAAGAAGCGCAUGAGUCUAAGCAGUGCUGGCUAUCCAGGGAUUUUUUUAUUCAUAUUAUCAGUGUUUCAUUUUUUUUCUCAUUAAUGGUGUAAAGAAUCCUGCCUAGCACUCAGACCUUUCAUGAAAUGCAGAGAUGCACUGCACUCUACGGCCUAUCAUUCAUUCUCGAUGCUAUUAGGAAGAGCAAUACUCAUUGUAUUAGCAAGCAUUUCUGUUAUCUUUUAUCUUUUUGCAACAGACCUUAUGGUCAAAAACAGUUUGAAAACAUUGAAGUUUUUUUUUGUUUGUUUUUUGGAAGGGGGGUGGGGGGUAGAGACAUUUUUAAAUGCUUGCUGUCUCACUGUUCCUUGCAUUAGUGUUAUUUGCAAUAUAAACUUUGGAUUUGUUUUCCAUGUCUAGCAAUAGGUUAGGAGAGGAAGAGGAUUAGGACUGUAGGUGCAGAGUACACCAAUGACGCAUCCUCUAUCCCCUGAACGAAAGCUCAUUGAUCAGUUAGAGCAGCUAGUUUAAGUAAAUUCAAUGUUCUUUGCAUGGGAAGAUGCAUAGUGAAUCAGGCUCUCAUCUGAUGCUCAACCCAAAAUAAUUUUGAAUCCAACAACAUAAUGGCACCAAAUUUAAUAGGCUACAUUUCUUUUUUCCUAUACCAAAACAAGUCCUGCACAAUGAGCUAAACUUGAUUGUAGCUUACAAAAAUGGUAACCAAAUCUUUGAGAAGACCUGAUGAUUAUGAAGCUAUCCUUCAUUUUUGUGAUCAAUGGUUCCAAAAUCAAAGUGGUUGGGACUUGGGUUUGUUAUGACUGUCAUUUUGUUGGAUUAAGGAAUGUGAAUUCAGCAAUAAAUAGUAAUUUGUCACAUGUACAGAGAA